ACGUAAAAAGUUAUUCUUUUUGAAAUUUGGUACAAAAUUGUAAUUUACCAAAAUCAAUGAUGUAAUUGUGUAAUUUGUGUAAAUGAUAAAGAUAGAAUUAUUGUUUCUAAAAUGUUUAGAAUUGAAUCUUAUAUUACUUCUAUUAUUUUGAGUUAUGUAGAAAAAUAUGUUAAAAAUUUAAGACGUCAAGAUGCUCAGGUGUCUCUGUGGGACGGAGAAGGUCUUUUCCAAAACUUAGAUUUGGAUUUAGAUGUGUUAGAAGAAGAGCUAAAUUUACCAUUCAUUGUAUUAAGUGGACAUAUUAAUCAGCUUUUAAUUCGAGUUCCUUGGACAAAACUAGGGUCGGAAGCAGUCAAAAUCACUAUUGAUACAAUUGAAUGUGUGUUAAAAUUAAAAACAUCACACCAGGAGAAGACCAGAAAACCAGAUAAAAGAAAAAGCACAGAUUAUGAUGAGUUACCACCUCCCUCAUAUGUGCAGAGUUUAAUAAACAAAAUAAUUGGAAAUUUAUCUAUUACUUGUAAUAAUGUGAUUUUGAAGUUUGUUGAAGAUGAUAUAGUAUUGUCUAUGAAUAUAAAGUCAAUAACAUUUGAUUCUUGCAAUGAAAAUUGGAUUUCUGAUAUUAUAGAAUUAACACCAACUCAAUUAAUUUUAAGAAAGAUAAUUGAUUUUUCUGAUGUAACUAUUUGUCUGGACAGAAGAAAUGCUUCAGGAUGCAUAGAAACAUAUUUAGAACCUUUGCUGUAUAAAUGCUCAAUGUCUAUUCGAUUAUGUCGCAUGUAUCGAUCCCCUCAUUCAGUUCGACCUUAUUCGACUCAAAUAAAUAUGUUCUGCUCAAAAAUAGCAUUUACACUUACUGAACCUCAGUUACCAAUGUUUUUAAGGUUGUUAACUAUGGUGCUUGAAUUUAAUCGAACAGAUACAUCAGAAAUUAAUUAUUGCACUGAUGAUGACAAAAGAAGUCCUAGCAGCUGUAGCUCAAUUUCAGAAUCAAACUUAAAUCAUAAUGAUGGUUGGGUUGAUUGGAUGUGGAGUUGGGUACCUAGUGUAACAUUAGACAAUGCAAACAUUAAUGAUGCUUCAUUCAGUUCUAUAAACUCAAUAAUACACGGGCAUACAUUAAGUACAGGAAUAUACAUAGAAACUCUUUUAUUUAUUUUUAAAAUAACAUCAAAAAAAGCAAAUGAUUAUAGGCCAUUAAUUCAAAUUAAUUGUUUUGGCACUAUGUUUGAAUUAAUUUCGCAUCAUUCAGAUUGGAUAAAUAUUCGAUUUGGAAUGAGUAAAUCUACCCUCGAGUCUUUAGGGUACUGUACAUGUGGAGCUCAAGACUGUUAUACGAAUACAUAUUUUUCAUCAGGUUCAGAACAACAAUCGUAUUUAUUGAAUUCGUUAUUUAAUACAAAUUUGUCAUUUGAUCCAAAUUCUGAUUUAAAAGAAUUUUCCUUAGAUCAUCACUUAAAUAAAUAUAGUGAAACAAUUCUUUUAGAAAAAACGCCCGCAUUUUCAAUGGAUUAUUUGUCUACUCAAAUUUAUCAUCCACAGCAACAAAGCUAUGAUGAUAAUGAUGAAAUUUCAAAUUUUGUGACUGAAGAAAAAUGUUUACUUCGGUUUGUCGCGGGACCAAGUGUUAUGAAUAUUUCUUCGGGACUUAUACACAGAAUUGAAUUUAUUUAUAAAUUAAUACUUAGCCAUGAUUCUAAAUUUUUCACUUCACAGCCAGAAAAUUCUCAAAUAGAUGUGGAAGACAAACAUAGUACUUUAGUUAAUUCUAAUGUUGAACUCAUGGUGUAUCAAAUUACAAUAUUCAGUCCAGUCGUAAAAGUAUUUCCAGCUUGCCAUGUUCCAUUAUCUUCUCAGAAAUACAGAAAAAAUCAAAAAACCUGCAAUAAACAAUUUGAUCCAGCAUUUGAAAACCCACCAGUAGCUGUCUUUGAAUUAAAAGUUUUUGAUUGCCGAAUUGUCACACCAAAAAAAAAAUCAAUGUGGUUUUUAUUGCCAUCUAAUAUUGUACAAAAUAUCGCUGAAGAAAAGAAAUCACAAUUAAAAAUUAGAACCAUUUUCAGAAUAAAAGACAUUUUACUCAACAUAAAUCUUCCUAAAUCUACACAAAAAUUGCUAAAAAUUAAUAAUGUAUCUUAUAAUACUACCACAGAUUGUUUUCACACUUAUAACUCUGAUUCUAUUUUAGAUAUUGAUAUGAUUACUGUUUCCACAUCCAAAGAAAACUAUUUGUUAAUGUACUACAUAUUAUACUCACAAAUAAUGUCCAAUCAUCGGCGUUUGAUAUAUAUAACUAAUUAUAUUUUCAAAUCUUCAUUAUUAAAUGAUGCCCCAGGUACAAUUAUACUAAAAAUAACAUUAGAAGGUGCGAAAAUGUUUCAUAAGUUGGACUGUCAAACAACAUGUACUAAGAUAAUAUUUAACAACUGCACUACUAAAAUUGUAAAUAACAUAUUGAAUAAAGACAAUGGAGAAAGUACAAUUUUAUUUUCAACUCCAGAGUUUAUUCAUAAUUCUUUACCUUUUCUACAUAUUAUUCUGCAGACCCCAUUUGAAAAAGACACUACAGCAAUUCCAUUAGUAUUUUUAAAAGUUGGACAGUUGGAUAUGAAUUUUGAUCCAUUAUUUUUUGACUGGUUGGUUUAUGUGCCAGAGAUGUACAAAAAAAAAGAAAUGAAAAAAAAAACAUCAUCAGUUUCUGACUUAGCAUUUUUUAGUGCUCCUAGUCGAAAAAUAUCAGAAACUAGUAUUAGUAGUGAUACAAAAAAGAAAACAUCUAAGGCUUCUAUCCAAAGUAGUGUUUCAGAAAAUAUUUCAUUCCAUUCAGCUAAUUACAUGCAUUUAAAAAGCGAAUCAAAAGAAAUAAGAAUUGUUCGUUUAUUUGACAAAUGGAAAUCAUCGAUUAUAUUUGCUGAUAUGUCUAAAGUUGCACUUUAUUUCCCAAGCAAAACAUUAUCUACUUUGAAAAAAAAUGCUGGUUGUAAGCAUUUUGACUUGCAUGAGUUACUUCAAAUGUCAAUUAACAAUGGCAACGGAUUACUUGUGCUGAAAAUCUCUAGUAUAUCUUUAAAAUGUGCAAUACUUAAACAACAUGUUGAACAGUAUUUGAAUAUGUCGCCAGUUCGAUUUCCCAAUAAUUUAUGGUCUAACGAUGGUGUUUAUUUUCCAUGGGAACUUAAUUUUUGCAAGUUGGAAUGCUAUACACUACACAAUUCUUAUGAAAUAGCAUUCAAAAAAUCAUAUAAACAUAAAGUGCAGCUUCUUUAUCCGUUUAGUGCACUGUGUACUUUAGGUAUUACAACACAAAGCCACGAUAACGAUGUUCAAUCAUUAAAAAGUCUCGCAGCAUGCAUACACUGUGAUUCUGAUCCUAUUUCACUUUGCAUAUCAGAACAACAAGUUCGCCUUGUCGCUCAUUUAUUAAAAAGGCUAAUUGAUGUGUCCAAAGUCAUAUAUUCAAAUGUCCAGUAUGGGACAUUAUUUAAUCGUUCAGUGGCUCACGAAAUGUCAUCUAUACCUGAAGAUGAAGCUGUUGAAAGCAAAAAACAUACAAGUACAAUUCAAAGCAAAUUUGAAGAAACUAUGAAAUUAUCGGGGUGGUUUCAGUGGACUCUAGCUCGUUUGUCAUUUACUAUAAGAAACAACCCCGAAUAUAAUUCUUCGGAAAAUAUUAAACUUGUAUUUAAUUUAGAAGACGUCAUUAGUUCACUAGACUUUGGAUUAUCAUACAAUAAAUUAAAGUUGAAAGUGUCAUCAGCUUCAAUUCAACAUUUUACUAAAAACGUCAAAGAAGAACAUUGGAAACAUGGUCCAUAUUUAGGAUUAAUGCUUAAAGGUUAUGAUUCAUUAAAUAGCUCAAAAAACUCAUCUAAGACUGAUGGAUUUUUAAAUUUUACUUUAACACGAGCUUUCAAAAAUUCUUUUCAAUCAACCAAAACAAAUAGAGACAUCAUAUCACCUCACAUGGUUGGCGAUGAAAUGUUCAAGUUGAAUCAUCAAUUUAUGAAUGAAUUUAUAAUGGAAAUCGUAAUUGAAGUGCAACCAAUUGAUAUUGUUUUAUCACCGUUCAUUAUUCAUACAUUUUUAUCUGUUGUUGAUCCUCUCAUUAGUGUUUUGUUAGAUUCAAAAUACAUGAUAUAUUCUUCUUCUAAUGACCAAUAUUUGGAAUCGAAAAAAAAAUUAUCAUGUUCUACAUUACCGCUAUUUUAUUUAGAUAUAGCAAUGAUGCGUGUAUUUGUGCCUAUUUCAUCGCCAAAUUCUGAAAUUCAAGAUCAAGAUACUAUUAUAAUUCAAAUAGAUUCUAUUAAAAUAAACCAAAAUCCUGAAAAUCCAAUUACUCGAACACCAAUUAGAAAAGAUUUAUACAUUGAAGCGGAAAAAAAAGGAUUAUUGACCAUUCCUGGAUCCAUUAUUGAGGACCGUCAAUAUCAAAUAAUGAUUAAUGAUUUUUCUAUUAGAUGUGGAUUUUGGGUUGAUCUUAAGCAAGUUUUAGAAAAUAUUCAGUCUUUAUCCACCUCAGAUCCUGACCAUCAGCCAAAUGCUGCCUUGUUGUGGAAUGAAGGAAUAAGACCUAAAUCUAUAGGAAGUACAAAUUUAGAUGAUGUUUACUUGUCAACUUUGUGCAACCGUUUAUCAUUUCAUUCAGUUUUUGCUCCAGCUAUUAUAUUCGAACCUGAAAACACUUUAGUUUGUGGCAGUUGGAUUGAAGUGAACACACUUACUGAAAUAAAUGUGACAAUAUCAAUAGAGCAAUUUCGUUUAUUAAACCUUUUAUUGACUCAGUACAAAGAUUAUAUUUUGAGUCAUUUAAAAACAAGUACUAUAAAUCAAGAAAAUUUCACACAAAAUGCAACAAAUUCAAUAAAUGAAUCGGUAACUAUCGAUAGUGGCAUUCACUCUACAGAAGAUUCUUCAAAAAUGUACGACAAUGAAUAUAAUUCAGUUUCGUUCACUGAAAAUAAAAUGUCUAGCUCAAAUUUACCAACAUCAGUAAAAAAAAAUAGCAUAACAGAAAAUAAAAUUCCAAUAGACAUAAUUAUCACGGGUAAUCAAAUUAAUUUAAAUUUCUUCAACGUUGUAAUAAAAAACAAAUUCAGAGUGACUGAACCACUGUUGUAUAUCACCUUUCAACAACCACAUGUCUUUUUUUCGGACACAAACAACUGUGAAUCUUGUCAAGUAAUAUUUUUCGAUGUAGCUGUGUUUUUAGCACCGCCCAAUACAAGUUGUGAAAUCGAUAUACCUGACCCUAAUAUUUAUUCUAUUACGUUAUUUGAAACUAAGUCCAAUAGAACAGAUGAGAUUCCUUUAGCCUUUUUUACAUUAAAAAUGUCUUGUCCGCUUACUAUUGGUCAAUAUAAAGUUGAUUUGAAUUUAGGACGAGCUAUUUCUUUGUUACUAAACAAACAAAAACUGGAUCAUAUGAAAAAUCUUUUGGAAACUGUAACAUCUAUUUUAAAUAUAAAUACUCUUACUGACACAAAGCUUAUUAAUAUUGGUAACAUUGGUGUUAAAUCUUUUGAUAGCGAAAGUUUAAACAAUCCUGGCAAAAAUAAAUCUAUUGGACCUCAAUAUGCGGCUAAUGAUUUUGAUUUGAAUAAAUAUAAAGACAUUACGACAGUGGCUGAUGAAAUAAGUGAAAUAAUCGCCGAAAAUCCAAUCGAAUCUCCAAUGGUAUCGAGCCCACAAGAAAAUCUUUGGUAUUCAAAACCUUCUGUGAUAUCUUUAACAACACAACAGAUUUUUUUACUUCUGACAACAAAACACAAUGAUAAUAUUAUAUUUAGUAUUGAAAGUGUUUAUUCAAAACUCAAUUCAUUAUGGAAAAUGCCAUCAGAACGUUUAAAUGGGGAAAUAACGUUGAAUAGUAUGACAAUUUCUGUUGGCCACGACUGGCCAAAUAUACAAACAAAUGAUCUAGUAUUACAUCCUUGGACAAUGUCUGUGGAAAUAAAUUUGUCAUCAGAUUCGUGGAUUCCUAAAUAUUAUAGGCCUUCUAAACAUAUAAAAAUCACGUCGGAUUUCAUAUCUGUUGAUAUGUCACCCAGUCAUUUUGAAACCUUAAAAUUAAUCCUGAAUGAAUUUAAAUAUUUAAUAGAUUUCAAUAAAAAUAAAAAAGAAAAUGAAAACCUUAAUUCUGAAUCUGACGAACAAUUUUACCAAGAUGAUCUUAGGGCUGGUGCAUUCCAUUUUAUUGAAUCUGACAACUCUGAAUUACCUUUACCCUAUCAAAUCUUUUUUACCGAAAAUGUCAACAAUAAUCCACCAAGAAUAACAUGGCGAUAUCCUCAACCUAGAACUUUAACUAAAAUCGAAGUACAGCCAUUUCCUAUGGAGGUUGAUGUAGACAUUGAACUACAUUUGCAAUUGUACGACGAAAUACAGCAUUGUUUUAGAGAAUAUACAAAUUUUACAUUUCCAAAAGAUGAUUCAAUGUUGUUAAGACUUGAUUCUUUGCAAACUGUAUCAAAUGUAUGGCGUAUUACAAUGAGUAAUUCGUGUGCACUUAAUUUACCUCUACAAAUCAAAAGUUUGGCUGGAUGUCUUCGCGUUGAUUCUUAUUUUUCUCCUAGUUUGGUACCAUAUUUGCAAUUUUCGUUAUCAACACAAACAAUAAAAGCAAAUAUUUCUUAUAGUAUUAAAAAAAAAACUAAUCUUCCAAGAUAUGAUUGCAUUUCUGAAGUUCCGCCAAAACAUAAAUUAGUGUUGUUUAUUUUAGAUCAAGUAAAUAUCGGCUUUAAAAUUCAAGAAGGGGAAACGAGUACAUCAGCUCAAGCUCAUGUUAAAAUUGAACUGUUGAAUUAUGGUACAUUAACUCAGAUACCAAUUUUUAAAUUAUUUUGUUUAUUUACUAGUCUUCAUACAAUCAAACCAAUACCAGAUGUCCAGUACAACAUUCAAACUGGACCAAUUGCAUGCCAACUGGGUCCCAGUAUUAUAAAUUCUUUAAGGGCGGCUAUAGAUUUAUGGAAAAAUGAUUUGGUUGAUAUUACCACACCUUAUCUUAUUUGCAAUGACACCAAUUUUUCAAUAACAUUUGGACAAGCUAAUACUAAUGAAACUGUGACGCUAAAUUGUCUUCAGUGUUAUCAAUACACAUGGUGCGUGCCAUCCAAGAGUCCUCAAUUAAAAAUUGCUAUUGGAAAUUCUGACAACUUAUCAUGGAGUGAUGAGUUUGCUAUACUCCCUGACAAUUUAUUGUCGUUUACAAUAAAUAAUGGUAACGGAGAGAUUUAUUCACUAAUAGUGUCCACUAAAACUAUAUCUGCCACAAUCAAAGUUGUUGUAUCUAGUCAAUUGAAUAUUUUAAACAAAACACAUUAUUUUUUGGAUGCUCGAUUAGCAAAAAUUAAACAAUGUGAUGGACAAAAAAAUAUUAACCAACAUUUAGUGUUUGAAAUGUUAUCUGUACAGCCCGGAAAUGUAUCACCAUCAAUAGCAUUACAUGCAGGACUUAAAGUUACGCUUAAAUUACGUUUUUUUUCUUCCAAUUUCGAUGGCCCAUGGUCAGGGCCUAUUCCAUUACAUUCAGUCGAACCAAUAAAUGGGAAUCAAAAUUCUUGGCUUGUUAAAAUUCCGAAAAAAGAAAAUAUUAAACAGUUUCGAAGUGUUUGGUGUCAUUUAUUCAUUGAACAUGUUAACAAAAUACCACGUAUUCUAAUUUUAAUAAUGCCAAUGUAUGUGGUUCAUUCGUAUUUGCCGUACGAUACGUUAUUGAACUUUGAAUUGGCUGAAAAUAAAUUUGAACGCAGUACUGUUGUUCAAGUAAAAUCUGCUAUUGACAUAAAGGAUGUACAGCCUAUUGAUUUACCAGGCACAAUGAAAGAUAUUUACAAACUAACAUUUAAAUUGGAUGAAGAAUCUUCUGAAUCUAGUCCACCAGUGUUGAUAUCAUAUUAUAAUGAUAUUGAUAGUCAAGAAACUAUAACUGACAACAGUUUCACGAUUGAAGAACUUUUAAAUGGUAAAUAUACAACAAUGGAAUCAGACACAAAAUGGCCAUUUGUUGGUACUCAGUUCGAUAAUGUCAAGUGGAAACAAAAUAAUAUACCCGAUACUCAAACAACAGUUAAAGUACAACACUAUGGAAAUAUUGACUUUGCUAACGGUUCAACCAGAAUCAUUAAAAUACAACCCUGGGCUUUAAUAAUAAAUACAUCUGGACAAAUUAUUACCUUGUCUAAUUCAUCAAAUGCUCUUUGUACCUUAGAAAAUUACUGCGUUGUAGCUCCGCCAAUUAUUGAGGGUACUUUUUACAUUGAUAUCAAUAUUAACUCUACAAUUCAUCGCUCAGAACCCCUCCAACUAUCAGACAGUCAAUCGUUUUAUAUGCCUCAUGUCAAUGGUUUAAUUCCUUUAAAUGGAAAUUCAUCAAUAGUUAUAAAUUGUGGAAAUUCAAUUGGUCACCUGAAUAUCAGCUCUUCACAGCAUAAUAAUAUGAGAACUGUUCAUAUUCAAAGUUUAUACCUAGCUUCUAAUCAUAGUUCAAUUGAUUUAAGUAUUUUAACUGUAUGUUCUAAUCCGUUGUCUGAUAGCUUAAGCAUACCAGAAAAUUUGAUUACACAUUCUAUUUAUUUACCUCAAAAUUAUGAUGAUUUAUGUAAACCUUUAUCAUUGUGGACUUUGGUUGGUAAAGAAAGUAAGCAUAAUGAAGAAUUAGUUCAGUAUGCAAUUCUUAUUUCCAAUGGAUGUGCAAGCUGUCCAAUAAAAUUGUCAGAACUAUUAAAUGAAAAAAAUCCGUUACCUGUAUUAUUCUCCUCUUGUGAUUCAAAUCCAUUAAUCUGUGUUACAUUACUAGAGCAAGAUAAUCAAUACUUUUUUACCAUUUACAAUCAACCUUAUCCACAAAUAGUCGUUUACAAUUUUUGUCCUGUAUCUUUGACAAUUGCAACUGCAAAAAAAUCUAAAAACAAAGUAAAAGAACCCGUACUGUUCUCAUCAGAUUGGAAUUGGAUGUUUAUAGUUUCAUCCGGGAAAAAUGCUUUUCUCUCAUUUCCAUACACAGUUGCAAUUAAACGAUUUCCCAAGUUACUAAUUGGAAUUAACGAAAAUUCAUUUAAAGGCUGGUUUGCCAAUAUAGAGUUGAACAUCUGUGAAAGUAGGCUGAUACCUGUUCCUGGCCAAAUGAAUGACAUAAAAGUAUCAAUAAAAAAGAAGGCCUUGACUUUACAUGUAGUUUUUAAACCUGCUGCUCAGUUUGAGUUUUCUGCCAAUGAGGUUCGCUUACGAUUAGCCAAAAACAAUCAAAUUAAAGAUACUUCGUCUAUAAACGAUGAACUUUUAAGUAACAACAAGUGUGAUAACGAUAAUGGAACAACGAGUUAUUCUCAAAAUUCAAUUCCAUCAACUCUCAAUAGUUUAUGGCCAUCAAUAAAAUGUCAUUUUCACACAUUCGUGUUUACCCUUUUUAUUGAUGAUUUUGGAUAUAAUUCAAAAGCAAUAAUGGCUAUAACAUUAGAUAAUAUUGCAGUUACUUUAAAUGAAGUUAACGAGACCACUAAAGAAGAAAUGGAACUAACUAUUUCGGUUAACAAUGUACAAAUCGAUAACCAUGCAUUUAUUGAUGGACAUUAUGACUUUCCAGUAGUAUUAGUUAAACAAAAGAAAAACAUUGAAGAUAUAUACUGUGAUACUAGUUUUGUAAAACCGCUUUCUCAAAUAAUAAACAAUUUAAGAAGAUUAGAUUCAGCUGUAACCGUGAAGUUAGUACUGGACAAGACUGAUCAGUUGACAUUUGCUGUAUUAGAUUUGGAAAUAACUCUAUUCACAUUUGAAGCGUUUAUUGAAGAUCGUUAUUGUUAUUUCAUCUUAGAAACAUUGAAAAGUUUCAAAUCAACAUUAUCUACAAUAAAACAAAAUAAUUACGUGCCAGAUAAUUUUGUUCCACUACAUUACAUGGUGUUGGCACAUUCUCAUGAAUACCGUAAUCCGUUGGUAUUCAGAAAUUUUAUUAUAAAACCAUUUAAAAUUAUGAUAAGCCUCCACACAUCUACAACAUUUUAUGUUGCAUUGGAUCGUUCUCCCUUGGAUUUUGCCGAAUUUUCAAAGAUAAACUUAAUGGCUUCGUCAUAUCAACUUGGUCGAAGUUUGUCAUUGCAUUAUUUCUUGAACGCAAUGUACGGUACAGGUUGGGCAUUAGGUUCAUUGGAAUUCUGGGGUUCACCUGGCGGUCUUGCUCGUUCGGUAGGAACUGGCUUGUACGAUUUUGUUUCUUUAUCAGCCCAAGGCAUGACGGAAGGACCUAAAGAAUUUUUCGUUGGUGUUCUAAGUGGUUCUGCAUCUCUGGUUAAACACGUUACAACCGGAGCACUAUCUUCAGUUACAAAAUUUGCAUCAAGUUGGUCGAGAACAUUCAACCGAUUAACACUAGAAGUAGAAGAUCUAGAAGAAAUAGAAGAAAUUCGGCGACUGCGGCCACAAAAUUUAUCACAAGGAAUAAUUCAAGGACUUAGUGAAUUUGGAAUAAGUUUACUAGGAGCUGUUGGAGGGUUGGUCAAUCACCCUAUCCAGUAUGCAAUUCAAGAAGGUCCAGAGAGAAGAAGAGGAUUUGUCAACACAGUUGCAAUAGGUUUGGUUGAAGCUAUAACAAAGCCAAUAAGCGGAGCUGCUGAGUUUGUGGCCAUGACGGGAGAGGGAUUUUUGACCGGUGUUGGAUGGAUUAAAACUCCCCAAUUGCGAUCAAUCCCACACAACAGUAAUUUAGCGUUCGGGACAUCAGAACUCAGAUACUCUUGGUUGAUUUUAAAUAAGCAUUUAAGCCUUAAUGAAAAGAUACUUUUGAUAUGUGAUGCAACCAUGGAUAAUUUUGACCGUGAACAAAAGUUAUUAGAAUUUACAAUAGUCUUAACAGAUAAAUGUCUGUUUUUAAUCAACGACUUUAAAAACAUACCACCAACUGUGCAACGUUUAUCAAUAACUCAAAUAGUUACUCCUUGUUUAAGACACAGAGAUCCUACGUUAGUUACAUUUACUAUAUGCACAUCAGCACAGAAUAAUGCGACAUAUGCUCGUGUGGCAGAUUAUGUACGCAAGUCUCAGACCUAUUUGAAUGUAGAAUCCAGAUCAGAAGUAGAAAAUGAAGACCAAACGCAUAGAUUUAUGGUGAACCCUCAAAUCCGUAAUCAUUUACUCAGCUUUAUAGAAUUCCUUAAACGACAUAACCAAAAUAAAGGAUAUGCUGUUAUAUAGUUAAAUCCUAUCAAUUGUAUGUGUAAAUGUUAUUUACAAAUAAUCAAUUUGCAAAGUUAUUGUAUUAUAAAGAUCUGUGAUACCCAUAUUUAUUAAUUAUUACACUAAAUAUAGAUUAUAGUAAAUUAUU